AUGAUGCUGAAGAUCUGGAUGCUUCUUGACAAGGACGUCGCGGAUGGAAGAUCUACGACGAUGGCUGGAGGAUUGUUCUCGCCAAAGACGGAGGAGAGACGCUGUUUGAAGCGCAACUACCGGCCGAUCGGAAUCGACUCUUCAGUUCAACUCCAGCUGUUGGUUUUUACUCGAAGGUUGUGCCUCGUUCAGAGUGAUUCCGUGGUUUUUACUCGGCAAUCUUGUGAAAUAGCGAUAUUUUGCAAGCUUUGCCGAGGGAAAAUCGCGGAGUCACUCUGAACGAGGCAUUGCGGAGUCACUCUGAACGAGGCAUCACUUCGAGGCCAAACUUGUAGUUGCUCCAAAAAAAAGAAAAUGUUCGGGGUGUACGAGCCCCUUUGCCACCAACGAACAUAAAUUCUUGAAGAAGCGCGCCAGGAAACGGACGCCACCAGAUCGAUCGUUGGUGACGUCCACACCCGGCGCUGUACUCCAAGAGUCUCUGCAAGUUGGGAGGCAAACGCUUGGCUGGGAUUCGAACCCGAGUCUCCAGAUCGAGGGACGAGUUGCCUCGCCACUCUACCAAGCCCGCACGUUCGUUCCACUGGCAUCGGCGCCACAUACCGCCGCUGGUCCCGUGUGUUUGCUUGGGCCGAGAGGCAGAGGCGCCGUUUGAUCUCCUGCCCGACUCUAGUUUCGACUCGGCGCCAAAACCUUGCAUCAUUCUUCCAUCGCCUUCCAUGGCCUUCUAGAACUUCUUUUUGCGUCAUUCUCUUGUACUUUUUAAUACUUUUUUUACAUUUAUUUGAAUAUAUUUGAAGCUUAUUUAGUGUAUUGAAAUACUGUUUUAAAUCAAUUCAAAGCUCAUUUAGUGUAUUGAAAUAUUUCGAAGCUUUUUCUAGCUUUAUAUUCGUUAUUUAAUAACAAAUUACUGGAAACGAUUGCAUUCCAUUACUUUUUGCGAUCAAUUUUGAAUGAAAAGAAGAUUGAAGCUUCUGUAGUUCACUACAUCAUGGUGUAUCUUAAGUAAGCUUUUUCAAAGUUUAAAGUUAAAAUAUUUUGUGUAAAUAAUAUUUCUCUUCUACCUUGUGCUUUCCAUUUAAAGUUUCAAAUUUUCAGACGGUUCAUAUGAAGUAGGAGAAGUCAAGCUUUAAGAAUGUAUUUAUUUUCAUGUUCCUUGAGCAGUUAAACCUGUCAUCGUUUCCUGUGAGAAUAACGAUGAGUUUACUUUGUUUUUAGUUUUGAGUCGAUUUGCGAUUUUCAGUGAGCAACUCCUUCGACAAGACGGGACUGGACGUUGGAGCUGGAUACCAGAAACGGGAAAGGCUUGUUAAAGUCGGUGAAAAUACUGACAGUCGAAGAUCUUUUCCGGAUGUCUUGUUUCUGACGUGUUGUUUCAAUGCCCAGUCCUGUCCACUCUUCAAUGCCGAAGAGAACAAAGAUGAGUUUCUAAAUGGUAGUUCAAAAAGUAAGGAAUUUUUCAGGGUCUGCACAAACUUCAUCGACAGGGCUGGGCAGGAUGUGUCAGAAAUUGAACUUGAUGACUGGAGUUGA